AUGGAGCAGUUGCCCUUACCGACAAGCCUCGCAGAGGUCGAAGCAUUGAUCCGGGCACUCUACCAACGAAACCCUCCCGAGACAAUCUCCAAAAUCCAGGAGGUGUUGCAUCGUUUGCAAAGGUCUCCUGAGGGAUGGCAGCUGGCCCAGAGCUUGAUCGCCCACCGCGAGGACAAUAUCAGGUUCUAUGCUGCCCUCACACUCAUCAUCAAGCUCAACCGAGAUAGUUCCGGUCUGAGCGAGGAUGAUGCAAGGGGCCUUCUGGAGAAUAUCAUCGGCUGGACCAUCCAAUCACUAUCCGACGGAGCAGGCAACUUUGUUAUCAAAAAGUUGUGUACCGCCCUCGUUACUUACUUCAUGCACUUCUCCCAUCUGUGGCCCAACUGCAUCCGCCACUUCAUCUACUGCCUUGACCUAGGCCGGGGCACCCCAGCGGACAGCUUAGACGAUGCCCUCUCAGCCGAAAUUCUUGUCGGCAAGCUGGGGCCCCAGAGGCUGAAGGUGGCAAUAUGGUUCGCUACCUCGUUCGUCGAAGAGGUUGGCAAAACCGACAUGAGCGCCCCUAAAUUCAUCCAAGUACACGAUCGCCUCGUCAAGAACGGCCCCGAUGUAACUUGCCUACUCGCCCGAGGCUUCUCCAUGCCCGAGGAUAGCCCCGAUCUCAAGACGCAGGGGGAGGCUCUCGGCUGUUUUCAAGCCUGGAUUUUGUAUGCGCAGCGAGCAUCCCCAAUCCCGGAUCUAGUUGCACCGUUGAGACAACUCGUGGGCCCUGCCAUCAACUGCUUCGCGGAUGGAGAUCUCUUCCACGCAACCGCCGAGCUUUUCAGCGACGCCCUCGGCAACUACUCGUCAUUCUUCACCGACGAGCACUACAACACGCUCGCCUCCCUUUUCGAGAGUCCCUGGGCUGCCGAGCACUACCAGCGCACCCUCCACGGCAACCAUGAGGAGGACGGCAUUUCGUUCGGCCUAGUGAUUCUCGCCUACGGGGACGCCAAGGUGCAGGAUCUCAUGCGCAGCACUGAUGGCCGCUCCCAGAGGUUCCUGGAGAGCCUGAGUGGGCUCCUUGCGGCCGACGGCUACCUCGUCGGCGAGGAUAGCAUAUUUGUCCCCGCUCUGGAGUUUUGGUCUACCUUCAUCGAGACCAUGAUCGACAGCACAUACUCGGACGAGGAGGAGUCUCAGAACUGGAAGCCCUACGCCGAGCAACAUCUCAAGACCGUGGUGAUGAACUGCUGGCGCAAAAUCCAAUGGCCACCAGCCGAGACCUUUGCCGAGUGGGACUCGACCGAACGUGUCGCUUUCGGCGAUGCUAGGAAGGACGUCACCGAUAUGCUACAGUCGGUUUUCACUCUCGAAGGCAUGCGCCUCGUCUCUUUCUUUACCCAUUUGUUCCUCCAAGCUCUUGCUGCCCAGUCCUGGGCCGAGCUCGAGGCCUCGGCCUUCUGCCUUGGUGCUCUCUCCGACUGUAUCUCGGACGAGGCCAGGUUUGACCAAGAACUAAGCAAGGUCUUUGCUUCUCCCUUUUUCGAUCUCCUCGGCCAGGCCCAAGGCCCCAUCCCUCUACGCCUCCGCCAGACAGGGUUGGCGCUCAUCGAGCGGUACUGUGAAUACUUUGAGCGAAAUGCUCAGUAUCUGCCCAACGCUCUGAAUCUGCUCUUCGCUGCCGUCGGCGACUCUGUUCUCGGAGGCCCGUCAGCAAGGUCCAUCUCUACCCUGUGCUCUUCGUGCCGCUCUAUUCUCACGAGCGAGGCUGGUGCCUUCAUCAGCCAUUACCAGACCGUCCGCGGCAGUCAAGUGCUCGACUCGUUGGCCGAGGAGAGGAUCGUCCUUGCGAUUGCAUCCAUCAUCCAGGCCAUCAAAGAUGAGAACCAGAGACUGGGCGUGUUUGAGGAGCUUUACAACAUACUCAAAAAAGACUUUGAGCUUGCUGUCCAGCUCAAGGCAAAUCCCGGUCUCCUAAACCUCCAACACCCGGACUUCUUAAGGGGGCUUGACCCGCCAAACCCCCAAUCAGCGCCCCCAACAGAGGAAAUCGCUCUACAAAUCGCCCUCAGAUCAAUGAGGUGCCUUGCCAGCAUUGCCAAGGGUAUGCAGGACGUCAAGGAGUAUCCUGUCGAUCUGGACAGUGAACCACAGUCGCAGAACGCCAACAGCAGGCUUGCGGGCUUGCAAGAGAAUAUCAUGCGGGUUUUGGUAGAAGUCCAGCGAGUGUUUAACACGAGCGGCGAGGUGGUCGAAAUCAUUUGCAACAUCUUCCGUGCAGGCUUCUCCGAGACCGAGCCGGGGCCGUUCGUGUUCCCGCCGAAUGUAGUCACCGACUACUUCGUCCAGCAGCGAUUUGAGACGCCGCGGGUAGGCACUCUGCUAAGCACAGCCUGCUCGUUUGUGGGCAGUCUCUAUCGCGGUCCCAAGGCCUACGUACCCGAGCAACUUGCACGGCUCUUACCGUGGGUGAUCUCUAUCCUUCAGGCGUUGCCAGAACCCGAAGCCGACACGGAAAUCUCCCUCAACGGCAUCGCCUUCACCGACAAAGUCAUGUCCAAAUACCCCGACGUGCUCUUCCACCCGCACCACGCCCACCUCCUGGAAUUCUUCUUCCUCUUCUCCAUCAAGGUCCUCGACGGGAACGAGCCUCUUCCCAAGGGAGCAGCAGCCGAGUUCUGGGCCAACUUCAUCCCCCUGACCACCUCCCCGACCAUAAUCGCCACCGCCCCCGCCGACCUCAAGGCCACCAUCGCCAACGCCAUGGCCCACCUCGGCCCGCUCAUCGCCGCCACCCUCGUCCGCAACGUCGGCGGCCACGCCGCCCGCUCCGAGCUCGACAAGCUGUGCGAGCCGCUCAAGAAGCUGGUCGCCACGCAUCCGGCUGCGCAGGGCUGGUUGCAGGGGGCGCUGUUUUCUGGGAAUGAGGGGGAGGGGAAUAAUAAUGGGGUUGGGGUUGGGGAGGGGGGUGCUGGUGGUGGUGGGGGUGGGUUUCCGGGGGCGGAGAGGGUGGGCGGGGAGGAGAGGAUGGCGUUUUUGAGGAGGGUUGUUGCGUGA